AUGCCUCCCCUUUAUUCUGGGGUCUUAGUGGAGCUGGUUCUUGGUGUACAGAAUCGAUUGCAGACGCCAUGUUCUUCUCCUCUCAGCAAGGGUCACUUAGUGCAGGAGAUGCGUCUGCUGCUGGAACAGCUUUCUAACUUUCUUUUAUUUUCCUCAGGAUUUGUGGAAUCUGAAGAGUAUAAUCCAGAUAAUCUGGAUAUAAGGUUUGAUGUGGCAUCAGUGUUGAAAGAACUCAAGAGAGGAAAGCGACUGAUGUGCAACUUCUGCCGCAAGAAAGGGGCCACUGUGGGAUGCGAGGAGAGAGCCUGUCGCCGGAGUUAUCAUUACUUCUGCGCGCUCUGCGAUGAUGCGGCGAUAGAAACAGAUGAAGUAAAAGGAAUCUACCGAGUGUUCUGCCCAAAACAUGACCCAGGCAAUAGGACCAAUCACUAUGAUGGAGCUAAUAAGAGGAAAAGACGUGCACUGAGAGCUUCGACCAUCACAACACAAAUGAACACAGAAGAGACAGCAGAAGAAAACACUUUACAAAUACUGAAAAGAAAAAACAACAGGCAUAAAGUCCGGAUAGACUUUCUUAGGAAAUGCAAGCAAGCCGGGCUUCUGGAUGACAUAUUUGAAGAGAUGCUGGACACGCUUCACCUGGCACAGGAAAAACUGAUGGAUGACAACACUUCCGAGACAGAGUAUGAAGAGACAGUGAUGUCACUCUUUGACUGUGGUCUGUUUGAAAAUAUACUGACAAAUAUUCAUUCAGGAACAGAGGAAAAGAUCCAGAAACUUCUGGAAAGCAGAAAAAGACUGGAUAACAAGAUUGAGCUACUGCAGGAUUUAAAAGAAGUCAUGCUUCCUACCCAAGAGAACAGUGCUAGUACAUCUAGUGUAGCAUCUGAGUAA